AUGUCUACUCAAACAGUUCCGGUCAUCCCACCUCGACCGGCCCGAUCUCCGCAACCACCCGCCUCAAUAGACAUGCCGAAGAUCCCCCCACGCCCGUCCAACCGCCGCCUGGACCGCUCCGUCUCCCCAAUGCGAGACAGCUAUGCGCCAUCUCCAUUCAAUGAGUGGAGUGGACCAAGCAUGGUCCGUACCACGUCGAAUGAUCUCCCUCCGCGCCCGCCGAGCGUCACGAUACCGUCCCUAGGCGAAGAGGGCAUUGAGUAUGCCGAUCUGGACGUCGGAAGCAUGGCAGACAGCCGUCACCAGGCACCAGCAGAGAUGCGCAACGUUAACACUGACCUCAAAAUCCAUGCACCGCGCCCUUCUUUGCCUACUUCAAGUGCUAAGGCGAAAGUGCAGGCGGUCACUCGCACGGAUUCCCGGCAGGCUGCGGCCGCGGGACUAGGCCGUGAAAGCUCCAACUCUCCAGCUCUAGAUGAGCAAGAUCGUACUCGCCGCUUGUCAAACUCCCGGGCGAGUGGCUCGCGGGCCGAGUCCAAUGCCUCAUCUGACCGCCGACUCUCUGCACAUCUCGGAGAAGAGCAUGGCUUCCGAGUCCCCAUGUACCCGAAUGCCGGUGAUGUUCAGGCACCUUCUCCAAGCCCUUAUCUCGAGCAGGGCUCCCAGCGUCAAGGCCGCAACCAUCAUCGCAGCCGUAGUGCUCGGGAUUCCUCCUUGCCCCCGGGCAGUUAUGGUCUUCAUGGACACGGUGUUCAGCACUCCGAUAAGUUUGAGAAGGCCUGGUAUGAAAAGCACCCAGAUGAAUUCGCCAAGGAGGAGGGUCAGUAUGGCCCUGGUGUGGGUACUCCUCGACCGGAUUGGGCUCUCAGUAGCGAUGACCUGAACAAGAUCGUUCAUAGUCCCAGCCGUAGUGGCUCAGGAAUUGGUACAUCUCGUGCUGUCACAGGCACCCCAGAGGAAGAAGUGGGAUACCUCGCUUCGGAUGAAUACUUGCACCGUAUGGCCUCUCCGCCACCCGAUGCCCGCCAUGAGUCCCAGCCAGUUGCGGAAUCGCCGCUUCGACAGAUGAGUUUCCCGGCAUCCGAGAUUGAGCCCAAGGCGCCAGCCUCUCCAUUGCGCCAUAAACGGAGUAGCUCUCAUGGACACCGUGCGGAGGGCGACGUGAUUCACGUCGAUGACCCAAUGCAUCCUCUUCACCACCCAGAUGGAUUUGCUCCAACCCCGGUGCCCUAUGAGUCCACGCCUGAUGCACAGCAACCGCUCGAAUAUGAGGAGCCUAUUCUGGCUGCUGACGAAGUCCGCCCCGAGUCCGCCUAUCUGCACCCUGCAGUUUCACCCACAUUUGAGCACCGAGGAAGCUUUGACGAGGAGCGCAGCCGUCCCCCAAGUGUCUCGCAUAGUCGCUCUAACAGUCGAUCUGCAAGCGCUCAAGGUGCUCCCAUGCUCACUCGCUAUGAUUCUCGUGAGCUGCAUGAGGACAUGUCCACUCCCCUAGAGGACGUGGAGGAAUAUGAGCCUCUCUUCCCCGAGGAGGGUGAUUCCAAGAAGCCGCGCUCUCUUUCGGCUACCGAGCGGUUCAAGAAGCGUCCGGAUAUGCUCAAGCACAGAUUCCCAAGUCAAGAUAUCUGGGAGGAUACCCCAAACAGUCUGCAGCUUCACGCUACAGUGACAACCCCCGAUCUCCCCAAGCGAGACUCUUCGGAAAUCUUUGAGACCGCGGAGCAAGAGGCUGCUCGGAAAAACCAGACAUCCAAGGUUGAUUCCCAUCAGGUCGCGAGUCACAUCCUCCAAGGGGAGGGUGCACGUGAUAAGGUUAAGCUGCCUGCUCGACCCGAAACCAUCAAGCAACGGUUCCCCAGCCGUGAUAUCUGGGAGGAUGCUCCUGAUAGUCAGCAACUAGUAACGACGGUCGAGCCAGCUGCGGAUGAAGUUAAGAGCCCCGAAGUACCCUCGAAGCCCUCAAUUCCUCCGCGUCCGCAAAGGCAAGCGCAGGCAACGUCGCCCACCGACAAGCGUCAAGCACCUGUCAUCCCGGACCGUCCGAAGCCCCAGAUUCCAGCUCGACCCGCUAAGCCUGGCUCUCAGGCCUCAGCCGAGGGUGCUCCUGCCCCCAAAGCAAAGCCUGCGAUUCCCGCUCGCCCCGGUGGUAGUAAGAUUGCGGCUCUCAAAGCCGGAUUCCUCACAGAUCUGAACUCACGUCUCCAGCUGGGUCCACAACAACCUAAGCCCCAGGAGAAGGAGCCUGAACCACCGGCAGAGAAACAACCUCUUAGUGAUGCUCGUAAGGGAAGAGCCCGCGGUCCGGCCCGGCGAAAGCCUGCCGCUGAGAACGCCAACGCUAGACUACCCACAAUCCCAGAGAUCAAGAUCACUGAGACUUGGAAUGUGUGGUCGGUUGGCGAGGACGCGAGGACAUCAAGCCUUCUGUCCCCGCCACUGAGUCUUCCAUCCCGGCCGAGCCCCCCAAUGGCGCCUGAGCUGGCAAAGAAUACAGCUGGCGAAUCGGUUGAUCCCACUCCGCAAACUAAACCUGCGGCAGAGGUGGUCUCUCCCAGCACCGCUGCAGCUCCAGAAGCUGAAGUAGCCAAACCCGAAGUUUCCACAGAAGUCCCGGCUGCGAUCGAAACUUCUGCAGCGGCUACUGAGCUCACUUCUCAGCAAGAAGAGCCCGAGUCCGUUGCAGCAGGAGCUCAGCCCCUCGCUGACCAUGUCUCAACCUCGACCAAGGUGGAUGGAGCUCUCGAGGACAUGGCCGCAUCAGCCGACGGCAAGAAGUCCUCUGAUGGUGAAAUUCACCCCGCAGAGUCUUCUUAA